AUGGAUUCUCUUUUGCGACUUGAGACUUCAUCAACUGAUUGUUGUCGAAUAUAUGUUUCGUUUUGCGCAAAGGAUCCUAAUGGGAACAUAUCUAAUUUCAUCGACUGUUACAAUCCAUCUAACAAUUCGUGGCAUCGCAUCACCUUUAUUCCAGGACUUGACGAAAACCAGGUGCUCAAGGAUUUCGCCAUGGUCUCUUUGGAUGACUAUAUUUAUAUAAUCGGGGGCCGGCUUUGUCUCAAGGUAUUAGACCGCGAGACUGACAAUGUUAAAGAAAUCGACCGAAGGGUCCUUCCUUGCGUCCAUAGAUACAAUGUCAGGACGGAUGAAUGGGAAGUUUGUGCACCUUUAAGCAUACCAAGGAUUAAUUUUGCAUGCACUGUAUGUGACCACAAAAUUUACGUGGCAGGCGGACAAAGCGCGAUAGGCCUGCCCAAAGGCAUUUCAAUGGCGGAGGUUUACGAUCCGGCUCUGGAUGAAUGGAAGUCUUUGGUUAACAUGUCCAUAAUGAGGUACAAGUGUGUUGGAGUAACCUGGCAAGGCAAAAUUCAUGUUGUGGGGGGAUUUGCUCAUAGAGGAAAUGUCGAUCGCAUUCAGGGACCGUAUGUCAUGACAAGGAGUUCUGCAGAGGUUUACGACCCACAAUGCGAUAAAUGGGAUUUCAAAGAAAGAAUGUGGGAAUUGGAUGUUCCACCAUAUCAGAUUGUUGAUGUGAAUGGGAGGCUUUACAGUUCCGGCGAUUGCUUUAUGCCAUGGAAGGGACACAUCGAGGCGUACGAUGAGACACUGAACAUGUGGAACGAGGUUGGUGGAUCGAAUUUGAAUUUGAAUUUUCUGUAUCCAAAUUCCACUCCUGAUGUGAAGGAAUCAAGUUGGCCACCAAUGCAAAUGUCGUACCUAACCAUGGCUCCAAUAGGGAAUAAGUUGUACUUCCUGGUUGGCUAUAGGAUCCCCGGAGAGGCAUCGAGAUUGAGGUCGCAGGUGCAUGUUUUCGACACGUCUGCAAAUGGAGACGGGUGGAGGACCUUUGAGCCAAUUGAUGAGGAAAUGGAAAAGGAGCUCUGUGGCCGUUGCUGUGUUCUAAGACAGGUCUCCUAG